AUGAUGUUUGCCUGCGCGCUCCCUCUGAUGUUUUGGGGAGACGCGGUACUAUACGCCGUUCACAUCCUCAACCGGAGCCCUACGCGAGCAAACGCAAAGAGAGCGUCACCGCUCGCGAGACCGCGCAAGAACUCGCUGCUGCAGCGCUCGGGGGGCGCCAUCAUUGUCGGCUUCAGCGAGGAAACCAAGGGCUACAAGGUGCUGCUGCCGCGUGACAAUAAAGUGGUCGUCACGCAGCACAUCAAGAAUAUCGAGACACUGACGGAGGCGCAAAACGCGCAACUCCAGCGCGCGAUGGAUGUCGGAGAUCGAGCCGGAGGCCAGGAGGAGACGGACGCGCCCGCAGCAGCAGUGGCGAACGAUGGUCGCGCAGAGGGCAACAGGGAGACGCGUUAA